UCAUUUUCAAAUAUAAUAUACUGUACCUAAGUCUCAUGUGGAAGUGGGAAGUUUUUGCCUUUGUGGGACUGAUCAUUUGUUCUGUGACAAAUUGCACCGUUGAAAAAAUCGAUUGCACCGAUAAUGGAACCCAAGCCCACUGCCCCACAGCUUGUCCAGAGACUUGUGAAUACAAGGAAAAGAGUAAUUGCCUUUUGAUAUGCGGAGGUCCUUGUGUCUGCAAGCCAGGAUAUGUUAUUAGCCGGGAUAUUCCUGCAUGCGUUCUGCGAUCCGAUUGCCCACAUCAUAUAGUGCAAGGACGAGGAGGCCGAAGAAUUUCGAACUUCGAUUGCUUCAGUGGAUCAAAUUCAUGUAGUCAAUUAAAUAUUUAAGCUAUAUAUGUACAAGCGCAGUUGAUACUGUUUACCUAUAGGCACCUCAAGACCAAAUAAGUAAAUAACCACCCCUAAUAGACAUAACUUAAAAUUAGUUUACAGUGAUAGGUUGAUUCUGUACCCACAGGAUAAGUAUGCCAUUUU